CGCCCCGCCGUCCCUCGCGCGGGCCGGAAGCAGCAUGGCGGCGCCCUCGCAGGAGUGCGCCGCGGCCGGCGGCCCCGGGGCUGUGAGGCUUCCGCGGGCGCCGCCGCUCAAGGUGCUGGCGGGGCAGCUGCGGGCGGGCGGCGUGGCGGCGCGGACGGCCGUGUGGAUGCAGGGCACGGUGCAGGCGGCGGGCGGCGGCGAGGCGCGGCUGCGCGACCCCAGCGGAGCCUUCUCGGUGCGCGGCCUGGAGCGGGUGCCGCGCGGCCGGCCCUGCCUCGUGCCAGGGAAGUACGUGAUGGUGAUGGGCGUGCUGGAGACCUGCAGUCCUGAGCCCUGCCUGCAGGCUGUGAAGAUGACCGACCUGUCGGAGAACCCCGUCCACCAGGCCAUGUGGGAGCUUGAGGUGCAGGACCUGCGCCGGAACCUUCCCUAGGCAGCGAGCCUUGAUGGAGAGCCCAGGGCCCAGGGUUUCCCAGCGACCUUGCAGGAACAAGCAGGUCUGGUCCAGCUCCCUCCCCUCCCUCCUCUCCUGCCACAGAUCCUUUGUGAAGCAGGCAGCUUUUGUCAAAUUUUCCACAUUCUUCUGAGCAACGAGAGAUUCUCCCCGUUCCAGCCCGGACUUGUUUUUACGAUGCCAGAUGUGGCCUCAGUUCCUGCCCGUGGCCAUGGUGCUGGAUGUGCAGUUUGGAGCAGGACGAUGGGAGCUGACAGCCUGGCUCCCUGUGCUCACUGGGACCUGGGCUCAGGACCAUGGCUACCACUCUGCUCCGAGUUCUUGAAGUGCUUUCACGAUGAAUUAAAAUCGAGAGGGGGUCGGUCGAUAGCGCAGCGGGUUAAGCGCACGUGGUGCAAAGCGCAAGGACGAGCAUAAGGAUCCCGGUUUGAGUCCUGGCUCCCCACCUGCAGGGGGGUCGCUUUACAAGCUGUGAAGCAGGUCUGCAGGUGUCUGUCUUUCUCUCCCCUCUCUGUCUUCCCCUCCUCUCCAUUUCUCUCUGUCCUAUCCAACCACCAUAGUAACUAUAACAAUAAUAAAACAAGGGCAACAAAAGGGAAAAUAAAUUUAAAAAAAAAGAGA